UCAAGCCCUCAAGUACCCAAAGUUUUUUGUUUUUUUCUUUUUUUUUAAUCGCAAAAUCUAGUUUUUAGAAAAAAAAAUGAAGGAUUGGGCUUCUCCUAUAAUUGCGACGGCUCUCUUUGCCUUCUUGAGCCCCGGAGUGAUCUUCCAGUUGCCAGGGAGGCACAACCCUGUUGAUUUCAUGAACAUGAAGACUAGCUGGAUCUCUAUUUUGGUUCAUUCUAUUAUCUUCGGGUUGCUGCUUUUGUUGUGUGUUGUUAUCUUACAUGCUCAUCUUUAUGUAUGAUGUGAAUCUUUGUCUGCGUAUUUUUGUUUGUGUGAAUAAAAGAGAAAAUUGGUGGCGUGUGUUCUCUUUCAAA